AUGUCUGUCCCAGUGGAGGAGGCCAUUGCGGCGUUGUCGACGUUCUCGCUCGAGGUACGCGUCGGGAGAUCCUACCUCGCAAUUCGACGUCUUCCAGCUUAUUUAAAUUUACUCCCGUCGGAUACCUUGCCAAUUCGAUCAUUGUGUUGAUUUUCUCGCUCUUCACCGUAGCUUCAGGCGAAUUCUCGGGAUCUCAACUCGCCGAGUCGUACGGUUGUGUUUUUUGAAUCUAAAACCGUGUUGCGUCUGUGCUUCGUGUCUGGGGAGAUUCUUUUGCUCGAUCUUGGUUGUUGAUGCGAGUCUUCUGUUACUAUCUGGUGGGGAAGCCACUGCAUUGCUUCGAAAGUUCGCAGUCUCUGAAGUACUGUCUCAGAACUUUGGUUAUUGCUUUCACUACUUGUUUUUAGGCUCGAUGAUUACCGAAUGACUUAAAAAGGGCACAUCGCGUGCCAUUAGCAUACAUUUCUGGCUGUUGUGCUACCAAACUCGACAAGGGUAUCGGCAUCAAUAUUUCCGAAUGGUUGUCAGACUCUCAUGCUUCGCAAUCUUGCUGUUAGUUAAAGUCACGACAAAAGAACCCCAACGACUCCGCGAUAAAUAACGUGAGCAGAAAUAACUGGGGAAAUGGUAUUUCGCACCGUGUUGAGCGGUAGGACCCUGGGUCAUUGUAUCAUUUUAUGGUUUGAUUGUAUUUUACGUGAAUAACAGGACUCUGGGUCGCAGGUCGUUGUAUUAUACUGGAGUUCCGUUAGAGGUCUUAGCCCCAAGGUCAGAUGCCUGAAAUAAGCUAAAUUAUUUACAAGGGUGGAAAUGUGGAUUAGCCCCAAGGUCAUUGUAACGAGGAGCAACGGACUUGGGCAGAAGUUGCAUGAGCUGAUGUGGAGCAGAAUUUCUGUAAAGAGAAGUGCUCUCAAGGGUGUUCUUGUCUUAAAGAGUGCGUAAAUUGAUAAGUGAGAUAUCUUGUUGCGAACUGAGAAUUGUGGAACAGCAUGCUAUCAUAUAAGUUUUAGAUCUGAAUAAUGAAAAUGACAAUUACAUCUUUGUGUAGUGUACAUUUGGGAGAAUGAAAGAUUUGAUGGCGGAAGUGUUUCUAGCUUUUUGCAGUCUCUUUAUUGUAGUUCUUCAUAUUAUGUUCGUGGUCACAGCAAAAUCUGUAACUGCCUAUGUUUUAUUUCAAGAAUAUUUUCUUCUUACCAUGUUAAACUUGUAGGCUGUUCUAUGUGAACUUUGGACUUAUCUAGGACUCAUUUUUUUAUCGUGGUUGUCAUCAAUACCAAAACUAUAAUCCGUAAAAAAAAGUAACUUUUGUUGGCAUUUGUUUUUCAGGAUGAUCAGCCUGACCUGCAAGGGCUUACUGUCUUACUUUCCACUGAAAGAUGUGCAACUAGCAGUCCAAUUGGUAAGUUACUAAUUGAUUAAAAGUUGUUACUGUUUGAUUGAGCUCAUCUGGAUAGUAUAUAUAUCCCUUCCUCUAGUGUUCGGUUAGUUGCUUAUUUGUUGCCUGCAGUUCACCAGAUACGUGGAAGAAUAGUGUAGCUUUCGGCCAGUAAAGCAAGAGUUCAUCUUCCUAUAGUAAGAAAUGAAAAUGGUUAAUAAGGUUGAUUCAAUGUUUAUAACAGGUUAAAAAUCGCUUUUCUGGAAUAGAAAAAUACUUUUCUUGAAAUUUUAAUAGUUUUAUCUCUCUGAAAAUUACUUUCGGCCAAUGAAGGUUCUGCAGAUGAGGUGUCAGUUGACAUUUUUUUUUAUCAUUACUGAGUUGUGUCAAAUAAUAUUUGAUUAUUAAACGGGUAUCUUGUUCUAUUAAAAGAAUAUGUCGUACUUUGACGCCAACUUCUAAAUGGAAAACAAAGUCUAAACUUGUUAUCUAUAAUUAUCCUUGCGUCUAUUAUUAUUCUUAUUCAUUCAAAAUAUUUCUUCUGCAGAAUAUGGUGAUGUAUCUGCAUAUCGACUAUCAUUGGGAGAAGACACAAAGUCUAUUAAUCAGCUGGUGGCUUAACUUUCUCUUUUAUUUAGCUAGCACGCUGCAUUUUGUUUACCAAGUUUAACAUAUUUUUCCACUUAUCUUUGUCCAAAGAGUUAGCUAAUGAUGGGAUUCCUUAGUUAUUAUAUGAAAGAGUAUGGCAUUCUGGAUAUUUUUUUGAUGAAGAAUAUGUUCAUGAUAAAAGGCGGAACUCCAAGAUUUACAGGGUGACCGAUUGGGUUAAUCACAUUGCUAUUUUUUUUUCCCCUGAAAAAGCAAUGAGAACUGAGUAGGAAAAGUUCCCGUUCUUUUGCCAUGUCAACGCCUUUGAGUUGAAUGAUUGACUAUGGAAUUAUUUCUUGGAAAAUCUCGGCAACUCAUGAAUUUUGUAAUUUUAGCUUUUGACACGUAAUCUUGCUUAGUUAGGCAUUGACUAUCAAAUCCGACUAAUGUUUGUUUCACUCCUAAAAUCAUUCAUAGGUUAUAAAUUGUUGGGUUUAUUCAUAACCUGUGAGAAAGCAGAGGAUUCUUGGUAAAUUCUUCAAAAUGUUCUAACAGCUACUGACAUUGUAAAAUUUGUACAAAAAAUUGUGCAGUUCCAUUAUCGCCAUCUCUGGCUCUGACAUUGUCUGGAGGAUUUGAAGCCAUCCCCAGAAUGUUGAAGAGGGAAGGAAAUGACUCCGUUGUUGUCACUAAGACUGUCUUCUAUCAUUAACCUUAGGUUAAAAGGCCUUUCUGGUGGUCUUCUUCCAUCCGUGUUGACUCGCAGUUGCAAAUAAUGGGUGUUUAAGCGGGAGUGAUGAAGGAUGAAAAUUAUGAAUUCAAUGAUGGUUGAACGUACCAAGGCCUCUCCUUCACACAACCACUAAACUGCAACAUCAUAAUGGGGAAAGCUAGAUACUUGCUUUUCAAAUAAGAUUUUGAAAAUUCCCUUUCAAAACGAAUAACAACCAGUUGAAAGCUAGACCUUUGCAAAAAAAGGAAGGUAAGCUUGGUUCUUUUAGCAAAUAAUCUUUUUGAAACGUUUCCUCUAUUCUAAGAGAUACAGCUAUUCCAUGUGCCCAAUAGACUAAUGUGACAAUUUUUUAAUCUCAAGGACCGAGAUGCCCAGUGUUGGAUAAUUUACCAAGUUUGAACUAUUUUGUGCACAGACCCUGCCCAGACAUCGAUGCAGAAUGUGGCACAGUGUAAGGAGAUACAUAUCUUAGUCACGUAUAUUCAUGGAUUUUUUAACAUCUGUGAAUACUGCCAUCCUGAGCCAAAGUUAACUUAGUCAACAGUAACAGCUCGAGACAAAGGACUAAAUGAUAUAUUACAGAAUGCCACAGUAUCUAACUUCCAGGAAUAAUGUUGUUCUAAUUUUUAGAGGUAUUUAUAUUUAAAUACACUCAUAAUCAUAUCCCAGGUGCAAAUUGUUAGUUUGAUUGCCAAUUUUGUUUUGUCCAUCCGUUCUCUAUUGAGCAUGGUAAAUAUGCCUAAUAAUUUGUUCAAAAAUAUUUCACGAUCUUGUAGUAUAUCUUAAAUGCUUUGUCUUCAUCACAUGUAGAACACCCUAGUUCAAGAAGGCAAGGAGAUGGCAUCUGUGUUGUAUACAUAUCGCAGCUGUGUCAAGGCCCUGCCUCAAGUUAAGUUUACUGAUGAAUGCAACAAUAAUAUUUGCAGAAGUGAUUGGAGUUUUUUCUGAUUUCGAAGCUGUACACUUUUGUCAGAACAUUUCGUUUUCAUAACUUUUGUACAUAAAUGCUUAGAAUUGCUUUAUCUUUGUUUCUGCUAAGAUCUUAAAGAUACCUUGCAACUGCAAAAAGUUAACCAUAUUGUAGUUAUGACUUUUCCUUGUUGUUCGGUUGGCUGGGCCUUUUAGAUCUUGGAGCCACAUUGGGCCCACCAAACCUGUACUGUUGAAAUCAUUAUAAUAUUACCCUUAGUGGUGUGAUGGUGUGAAAAAAGAAUAAACUCUAUCAUCAACACCUGUGUUUUUUGGGUGUUGCUCCAUCAAUUCUCUCCUCUAUCUCAAAAGCUAGGGUUUUUUAGAUGUUGCUUGAUAUCUCCCUUGAAUCACAGAUUCUCUACAUACGGAAACAUCCUCAUUUUCAAAGUGAUUCCUUUUCAAUAAUAUCCAUCUCUUACUCAUAAAUUGGCGAGUUCAAUGUAUCAGCUUUCGUUUCUACUUCUUUUCGCUGAGAUAAAUUCUAUUAUAUAGUGUUUGAAAUGCCGCAUAUUCCCCUUAUCAUGUUUUGUCUCCUUUCUUCGGAAUAUCAGUGAUUACCUUACUGGCAUCGAGUAAGUCAUAAAGAUAAUGUCUUUACAUGCGAUGCCAUCCUUGCUAUUUCAGUAUUGCCUCAUUUUCAGUCUUUUUAAUUCCAAUAUUUGAUUCUAAAAAGUUAUUUUUAAUUCCUUGGCUUAUGGGAAGCUUUUGUUAGAUGUGUUAGCCCUUUUUGAUUCAGGAUUUAUGUAUUGGAAUUCCAAUAAAUAUCAUGUUAAUCAAGUUAAAACUUCUAAAUGUAUAGUUUCAGAAUUUUAUAAAAGUUAACAUCGGAUUGUUAUGCAGCUUUGGGAAUGAUUUGGUUUUGUUUUCGUUUAUACACGAGUAGUUAUUUAGGUAUAUAUUUCCCCCUCGGCCUUUGAGUCUCAUCUUUGAAAUAAUUACCAUAUCUGGUACUUGACAAUGUCCCGAGGAUCAUAGGUUUCAACUCGUGCUCUCUGAGAUGAGUUUUGUAGCCAACCAAAUCGCUUAUCAGGUUGGCGCAGACAGCUUUAACGAGAAGAUAUUAGCGGAGAAAAGUCAGAGUUUCUAAAUAUUUUAUCAUUGCUUCUGAGGAAACGUAAGAUAUUACUUUCUAGUUGAAUGAGCCUAAGCUCCGUCAAAAUCUAAGUUUCUAUCUCUAAGGAGAUUAUGGCAGAUCCUCUCAUUCAACUAUUUUAUUCAUGGGGCAAUGUAUGUAAUAUAAAUCAAAUAUUGGUUUGUAAUGUUGCAGCUUCCAGAUUCUAUGAAGCACAAGCAGGCAGACUUAUAUCUAGAGACUUAUCAAGUCCUUGAUUUGGAAAUGAGCCGUUUACGUGAAAUUCAGCAGUGGCAAGCUUCUGCUGUAUCUAAGGUGCAUUUUUAGUGUAUACAGUUUUGUUAUUUUAUCCUUGAUCCAUAGAAUUUUAUGGUAAUUGAUGGCUUGUUAUGUUUGCUCUUAUUUAAUGUUUGAGGAAUAGCUUCAGCAUACUAUUUUGGUUAAUAAUAUGUCAUGCAUACUAUCUUUCAUCAGUAUGAAAGCAUAAAAUAUACAUGAAAUGAUCAACGAGCCAGAAGCUUCCACAAUGUCAUCUACUAGCUCAAUAAUAUCCACCUAACAUGGAACUUUUCUUAAUUGGUUCUAGUGUUGAGAGGAUGUAAGGUUAACAUCUUGCAAAUAGAAAACUAGAACCUUGCAAAUAUGAGUUUUCUCGUUAGUCCAGAAUGUGUAAGUAAAAUCAAUCCUUUGUAGUUUCGCUUGUCAGAGGUCUGGUUAGCUUUUGGCAUUGUCUACAGUAUCUUCAUUUAUCAUCAUAAACUGCUUCUUUGUACAAUAUCUGAUUUGCCAUUGGACAAUGUCAAAUGAUCUCUGCUGACACUUGCUUCAGCUUCAAAUAUGACCAAAAGUCAAUGAUGCUUUGGAUUCAAGAUAAAGAGUUCUUUAUUUGCUUUGAGCGCUACACUCAUGGCUACAUAGAGACGAUUCUUAUAAGUACUGACGCAAACCAGACUUAACCAAUUCAUAGAGCAAAUGCUUUGAAUCCCACGUUCUAUGGAUACUUAACCAACUUAGGAAACUGACCAACACUCUAACUAAAUGAGAAAACCGACUAACAUUACGAAACAGACCAACAACCUAACUAACAUAGGAUACUGACCAACGGCCUAACCAAAUUAUGAAACCGACCAACAACCUAACCAACCUUGUCUUACGUUUUUCCCGCAACUUGGAAAUACUCGCGUGAAAUGACAUAUUGAAUCCAAGAUGGCUAAUCUUUAUGAACGUGGGAUGUAUGUUUUUGAUGACCAAGUAUUUUAAAGCAAUAUAUUAUUACACAGUGAUGCUAGAGAGAACCUGAAAGUUAUCCCUUUCAUAAUAUUGGCAUACUUGUAUACAAGUACAUGGGCCUAAAAGAUGAAAAAAAAUAGAAAAUAUGGAAGAACUGUACAUGAAAUAUACUAUACUUUCUGGAUGAGAUCAUUGUGGAUAAGAUUGUAGCCAACAUCGAUGGUUAUGUGCAAUAAGUUAGAUGAAGAUAUUGAAUGAUAAUGUUGGGAGAACGGAUAUACCUUUGUGCAAGGAACUUUCUUUGGAGGACAUCAGUGGUGAUUCUUGGGUGGUAAAUGGUGUGAUUGUGGCUUCAUGGACGACAUGGAUAAAUGUACCCUGAAAUUUGGAGAUGGCAAGAACUUAUGCAUAAAAUGUUUAUCCCAUGAAAACGUGCGGUAUGAUUUUAUGAUACCAUCUCUACUUACUUAUUAGUGGAAUUGGGCUCAUUAAAUGUACAGCCUUAGAGGUUAUCAUUGAAGGCUUACUAAAUGUCUAACAAGACAAACUAGAUAAAUUUCGUUAACGUUAUACACAAGUUCCGACUAAAUGGAUUUGGAAUAUGCGUGUGCUCCAUCCCACGAUUCCUCCCAUCGUAUUUGUUUUGGACUCUCAACAUAUCAUAUUUCGUUGCCUUUCACCAAUUGCAUUGAAGUCCUUUUUGGUCUUCCUUUACCAGCUUGAAAACUCUUGCAGAAAUAAUGAUGCUUUCAUAAAGGAUAAUCUCAAUCUAAUUUUCACAUCAGAACCAUGAGAGGAAGAAUUGCCUUGUUAUGAUUCGAAUAUGGUAUUAUGUUUCACCGUCAGUAACUUACAGGAUUUCAGUAAGCACAGGUUUACCUCAUUCCUUCACCUUAUCUAAUCUAACUUGUGCUGUUAGAAAUGACAUCAAAUAGUUACUAAUAGCAAAUCAUUAUUUCUCUUGAUAUCACUCAUUAGAUUUCAACCCUGGUGCUGAGACGUUUCUACUUGUUCCUUUCGCUUCUAAUCACUGGUAUGAGAAAUCUGUAUUGAGCAAUAAUCCAUGUAAUGCAGCUAGCUGCCGACUUGCAAAGAUUUUCAAGGCCAGAACGCCUUAUAAAUGGGCCGACAAUUACACAUUUUUGGUAUGUUUCCUAAUCCUCUUCUCUUGUGACAAUCCGUAAUAUCUCCGGAAUAUCUCCGGUGAGAAUCUUACCGUGGUGCCUAAUUAAUUAAUUUUUUUUAUGAGGAUCCUUUUUUCCUGGAAAAAUGUCUACUUAUGAUUGGUUUAAUAGUUCCAACAACAAGAGAGCUCUCCCGCAGUGGGCAUUCUGUUUCUGUUUUGGUACCAAUUCUGGGUCUUUUCUGCUUUAGAUGAGGGACAUUUUUGUCAAAUAUUUUGUUGAUAGAGAGGCAUGAAACUUAAUCUUUUAACUUUAGUGCUUCCAAUAAGGAGGGUGAGUUUUCCUUUUGUGAAUUUCUUAUUACCUUAAUGAAGAGUUUUCUGUGAAGUUUCGUACUAUGUAGUGAGGAAAACCGUGACAUAAAAUGGGUAUUUGCAAUUUCGCACGUGUCUACAGUUCAGAUGGAACUUUUGCGAGACCUAUCUUAUCUUAAUUAAGUUGCUUAGUUCUUUGGACUAUCUAGUGCAUGGUUGAUAUAAAGGUGGAGUCUCUUAAAAAAAUUUCAAAUCGUUGGUCCUGCAAUUGGAUGUAGCUGAGGACUAGCUGAUGGAAUGAGGCUUAUGAUGACUAUUAUGUAACUGAAGGAGAAUUUGAGUGUGAAAGUAGUCUAAAUGUGCACAUAAUUGAGGUAAAUGUUGGGCACUGAAACUGGGAUGAGAUCGUUGAGAGUUGUGGUGUAUGAUCUAUGGUGGUGGGCUGUUGGCAUCGUUCUCAAGGACAAAUCGCGUAUUCUCCUUUGUUUGUACCCAAAUGCUGUUUCUUUUAUCAAAUGUUCUUUUUCAUGAAUACUGGAUUCCUAUGCAUUUCGAAUUGUAGAUCAUUGGACGGGUGCUUGACUAGAUUGCUUUCAAUCAUUGUCUUACUCAGGUCGAUCUUAAAGUUGCUUGAUGUUUUGGUGCAACUUGACCACCUUAAGAACGCAAAGGCAAGCAUACCUAAUGACUUUUCUUGGUAUAAAAGGUACAAUUCCCCAGCUCUUUUCUAAUCCUUUACCAUCUGAUGUGACCUACAGUUGACUCUAGGCCCCAGUCAUUAAAAGAAAAAGUGCGUUUCCUAGUAUUUUUAUUAUCAAUACACAAGAACAUGAAGCAAUUUCACUCCUCUCUCCUUGCUCCCACAAGUUCUUUCCCAUCUAACCAAUGGACUGCUGUAGACCCACUCCAGAAGGAAGUCUGCUUUAUGCUUCCAUAUACCUUAUUUUGAGUACUACAGACAGUAACUUGUUAAUUCUCAUAUAAUGCUGGCAUUCUUUUAUAAUACUACAUAUAACUUAUCAAUGACAUUAGUUAUAGUUUAUUCUGACUGGCUUCAUUCUUUUCCAGAACGUUUACCCAGGUCAGUAUUCAGUGGCAGGAUAUUGAUUCAAUGCGUGAAGAGUUGGAUAAUUUGCAGGUAUGCGGCUUGAUAGCUUUUGGCAAUGGUCUCAUAGAAAUUUCUUGGCUAAUUUCAUAUUAUCUUAUUAUGAUGGAUAACAUUUUAAUCAACUGAAUUGAAUCUUAUUAUAAUUUCAUACGUUCGCUUUACAGAUCUUUCUAAGCACCAGAUGGGUUAUCUUGAUGAACCUGCAUGCUGAGAUGUUCAGAACAAAUGCGUAUCCUCUAUCUUAGAAUAAUUUUUUUUGGUGUCAAUGAGUGACUCUCUGAUAAAAAUUGUCGUUUGACAUAUCCCCCUUAAAUGGAUGCAUUUAGAAGUUGUUUAAUGCUUGAUACAUGUUUUUUUUGUGCAAGACUAUCUUAUAUGAUCACAUAGGUAGGUUCAAUGUAGAUAAACAUUGAAAUACAUGAUAUGGCCUUACUAAAAUUUUGGGAAACGUUACCAGUAUUAUAUUGGAUUCCACCAUGAUAGAGAGAAUGCAAGACGUUGUUAAUGGUAAUCGCUGAUGGCUUCUUGUUGGAACCUGGAGUUAAGUGUUGCUGGAAAUGUUUUGUCAGGCAGUGGGUUCGAGCUUACCAUCAAAUUCAACUUGUACUGAGCAAAUCAAUUCAAGGACAGUUGGUCAUUAGCAUCUACGAAAGGGAUUGAAGAAGAAAAGAGUCUGCAAUGUUUACUAAUUUGCAUGUUGCUCGGAUUGAGCUACUAAGACAGUCCGAUCUUCCGGAGAAAAGAUCAGAGCCUAGAGGAUGAGAUAUUUUCCAUUCAUUUUCCUAGUGAUUCUGAAACUUCCCUAUUGUUUGUGAGGGGUGAACUCACCUGGAGAUGAGACAUCACCUAUGUGGAACAAGAUAAGGCACAUUGGCAGGUGACGAAUUUGGCAGGGCAUAGCAAACAACUCUGGAGAAGGGGGGAACAGUUGGGCUGACUGUCAGUGGUACAACUAUUUGCCGUCUGUUAAUUUUUCAAUGUUAAAGUCACUUGAUUACUUCAGUUCCUUCUUUUCCAUCUCUCCGUUUUUCUGAGUUCUCAUGAUCACACUUGCUCAUCCUUUGGCCUUUGGGACUGCCGGUGUUCCUUCUGUUUGAUCUCCUACUAGGGAGUCCUACACAAUCUCUCUCUAUUUCAUAGAGACACCAUUCAAACCUGCUGUCUCAUUAUCUUCUUAUCUUAUCUUUUUUCUUCUCCUUUAAUUCUCUCCAUCUCUAACAGUUACCAGUUGUCAUUCUUGUUCUGUCCCCUCUCAGCUCUCUCUCUUUCUCCCCACCCCCCGGCCCCCUCUCUGUUCUUCACUUCACCCUACUUCUGUUCUUAUCUUCUUGGUUCUUGGAGGGAGGGGGGGGGUUGAUUGGCAUGGGAAUGGGAUCCAGGCUUGCAUAUUUCUUACAUUUGAUGCGGUCUUCUGAUUCUCCCUGAGAAUGCUGUCUAUGUUCACUUUCCGGGGAAAAUGAAGAGAUUUUUCCUUAUGGAGGAGUGGCAACACGUCUUAAUUCAACUUUGGACUGGUCAGGUUCUGUUAGUACCUUUCUUCCACAGAUGGAUAUGCGUAUGUGUACCAGUAAGCGGAUUAUAUUUUGUAUUUAGAAUUAUUCCUUUAAUUUCACAGAGAUGCUUUUAAAGUAAAAAUUCAAAUAAUUUGGAAUCACGUGGAUAGUGGAAACUUUGUCCUUGAUUUGAUGUCAGUAUUGAGGAUAUUCUUCAAGUUCUUGUGGCGUUUUGUGUUGAAUCAUUGGAGUUGGAAUUUGCACUGCUCUUUCCAGAACGGCAUACUCUACUUCGUGUUUUGCCUGUUCUUGUAGUUUUGUCAACUUCGUCAGAAAAAGAUAGCGAGUCGCUAUACAAAAGAGUGAAAAUCAAUCGUCUGAUAAGCAUCUUUAAGGUAUGAUUACGUCAUUCAUGAAAAUAGUCUAACAUUCUGUACUGUUCUUUCAUAUUAUAUUAUCUGCAUUUCACUGUCUCCCAUUUAUGCCAUGGAAUGCAUAUUAACAUUUUUUUGGCUUCUUUGCAGAAUAAUCCUGUUAUCCCUGCAUUUUCAGAUCUGCAUCUUUCUCCUGCGUCAAUCCUGAAGGAACUGUCAAUGUACUUCCCGAAUUUUUCAAGCCAAACGCGGCUACUUGCUCUCCCAGCCCCACAUGAACUUCCUCCUCGGGAGAUACAGGAAUAUCCUUUUGGAUGAUGUAGUUUAUUUGUAUCAUCGAUUCUGCCCAGUUUUCAUCUUUUUUUGCUCAUUGCGGUGAGAAUCUUCUAUGAUGCAUUUAUUUUCUAUUCUAGGCGCAGUUCCACUCAAAAUGGGGCAUAUAGUCCUAAAACUCGUAAAACAAUAAAGUGUUUCACAUGUCUGCCUGUUAAUGAUGUAUGUAGUGAUGUUACAUUAGCCAAUGUGGUUCUUUCGCUUGAAUGUUGCUGAAUGUUGAUUGUUUAUUGAGAGAUGAAACAAAGGUAUUUAAUAAAACUAAGCUAUUUCUUUGGAAAACUCCUACGAAGAUGGGAAAUUCCCCGAUAAACCUUUGCUUGCCGUACAGGAACUCUUUGAUUCAAGAUCCGCUUGCCUUCCGCCCUUCCCUCAAACUUUAGUUCAAGUAAUCACCUACCUCUCUGCAAGACAAAGAUUUCAUUGAACCUAGCUCGGCAGUAUCAUUAGAUAAUGAGGAUUGGACAAUGGUGACCUGUAUUUCACAAUUUGAAAUUUGACCUGUGGGGUAGAUUUAUCCUUCAUUUCAAGUCAUAAUUAAUUAUUUUUAUUUUUAUUCUUUUUUCCUUUUCAUCCUUUUGAUUGGUUUUUUAAGUUGUCUUUGUAUAUCAUGGUAUCCAUUGGACAUCUAGACUACGCCAAAAUUCUAGGAUACAUGAAAUGCGCUUUCUUCAUGCUUCAGAACUGGAUAACUGGAGUUCUUCGUGCUUGAGAACUAAAUAUCAUUCCUAAACAAAUGGGCUUUCGUAGCCAAAAUUAUUAUUGGGACAAUGCAAACUUCUUUCUCAUGGUAUAUUUUUCCGACUUUAUUUGAACUCCAGUUUCCUAAUGCACGUCUCCCCGUAAAAACAAAUAGCCUUUUGAUGCAACCAAUUUCGUUGUUUACUUGGUAAGCCUUAAUUUAAUCACGUUUCAGAGGCAUUAUCUGAUUGUGAAUCACAUUGAAGCUAUUCGUGCGGAGCAUGAUGACUUUUCUGUUCGUUUUGCUUCUGCUGUAAAUCAGGUAUUUGUAGCUUGUCAUUUGUGUGCAACACAAGGUCCUCACGUAUCUAAAUACCUGAACCUGUCCACCUGAUAAUUGAUUCAAAGGAUAAUGAAAAGAAGUAAUUUAAGAUGGACAGGGGCUAUAAGAUAUAUCAGCUGAAUAGGCUAACAGAUUAGCAAUGGCAAUAUGUGAGGCUAAUAUUAAUUUUCUUUCUUUCCUCCUUUUUGUUUUUUCCACAGAAGAAAAAGAUGAAGAAAGAGAUUGGUUAUAGACCAGUAGACUUUCUUUUUGAUAUUCAUGCCUAUAUCUUUUUUCUUGUAGAACUUUCAAAUUUUUUUAGAAUUAUUAUCAUUAACCGUCUUUUUUGUUGAGACGGAGUAAAACGAAUCGUUAAUGUUUUGCGUCUUGUAGCUAAGAAAUAAGCUAUCUUCACUAAAUUAGCAUGAAGUGCAUAGACAUCCUAACUUUUGAUCCUUUGUUCUUCAGAUAUUAUUACUUAGAUCAAUGGAUAAUGCUGAUGUUGAAUGGUCAAGAGAAGUCAAAGGUAUUAUGUAUGACAUGGUUGUUGAAGGCUUUCAAAUCCUUAGUAGAUGGACCGGACGUGUCUGGGACCAAUGUGCCUGGAAGUUUUCAAGACCCUGUAAAGAUGUUCCUUCAGAGAUGCAAGAGAAUGUGACAACAUUCUUAGACUAUGAAAAGGUGUUUCUCUUACCUGCUUUCCUAUCUACAUUUUUCUGCAUUAACAUUCCGUCUUGGUCUGAUUCCCUUACAGACAUUGUUUUUGUUGGUUGAUUUCAUCAUGUUAGAUCUUACUUCGAUUGUGAGGGUUAAUGGUCAGAGGGUUACACCCUAGUGACGUGCUGCUACUGCUCUCCUAACUGCUAAGUGACCUUGUGAGCUUUUUUAUUAUGAGCUUUAUCAGACUUUGUUUGCUUAGGCACUUGGAGCCGGUUGAGGACAUGCGGGUUGGAGAAUUGUAAAACUUUUCCGGUCCUUGGAUAUGUCUUUUGUUUGAUUCAUUAGUUUUGUAAGUUAUACCUACCAAAGUGCAUAAUUACUUAGCGUAGUUUAUCUUUGUGAAAUGACUAAUUAUUCUUCUCAACUUAACUGAGUGUAACUUUUACAAUAUAUUUAAGUAACCCAGGCGAUGGGCCUGGUAAUAGGCCUGACAGUUUUGGUCCUAAUAUCAUCUUCCCUAUUGGUCUGAUCCUGAAACAUCAAUAGUUAUCAAAAAAGGUAAUUGUUGGUGAUUUUGGAAUAUGUUGGACGCUUGGGGGGACGGGCUAACUUAAAUGUUGUCAUGACCAGCAAUUGUCACUGAUGAUCCAUCGGGUACAAUUUUUUUGGGUUUCUCUGGGUAGCUUAAAGGUAUGUACUGGUCAAGUUCAUUUGGAUAUUGAGUUAAGUAGUCAAUGGAACAUAAUUUAUGGCUCGUGAUUUGGAGUGGAAGCUUUAGAAAAGUCAGAAAUAAGAUAUUAAUAGCUCUGGGUCAAUAAAUCAUUGUAGUAUCUUGCGUCAUAGAGUUUGUUUUUUGCAGUGUCACCCAAAUGUCUUGGUUUGUGGGGGAGAAACAUAAGAUUUUUACUAAUCUAUGGCUGCAUUAAGUCUAUACCUGGGGCAUGAUCAUUCUUCCUCUUCUGGUGCAUUGAAACAUAAUUUUACAAGAGAAUUUUCUCAUUUGGACCAGUCCAUCCAAGUGGCUAAUCUUCCUUUUUCCCUUCAAGAAUGCUUUCAUGAUUUGUGAUCAUUGCAAACAGUUUUUUCCGUUCAGGCCGUAAAUGGCAUUUGUGCUUUGGUACUGUCUACUUAAGCUUAUCGAUGGAAAAUUUGGGAAAUCUCCGCAGGUAUACACAUUGUUUUUAUAAAACUCAGACAUCUUCCCACAGAAUAAUCAGAAAUUAGAAGAAAAGAUAUGGCAGUAAAAGUAGGAAUUAAUUGUGGGAAGAACAGAUGUGAGAAUGAAGGCCUAUGGAUACAGGGCUCGGAAGCUUUCUCUUGUACUGUCCCUAGAAGUCGCAAAGUUAUGCAUGGGGAGAAAAUGGCUUAGAAAAAGGAAAAGCGAAAAAGCAGUAACAGAAAACACAACUUCCCAGGAAUUUUUUAUCGGCCUUAUGUUAUAGGAAGACUAUAUAUAAAGAAAAUGAGAUAUUCCUUACAACAUUCAUCACUUUGUUAUGCUGAGAUCUCAUUUAUAACUGGCAUCAUUUAUCUUUGGAUGUUAUUAGGAACCAACAUCUAUAUGCUUUUAGUAUUUGGCUUGAAUCAUGUUGCAUUAUUUUUCCCUGAAAAAACUAUUAUUUUUAGAAAAUUCAUUCUAAAAUUAUGUUUUUCGCAAUCGAAAAAAUUGUCUCUCUGAUUUGAACUAUGGCACUCAUUAUUUGGAGAAUGUCGCAGACCCCUUUUGAUAUGAUGCUUCAUCCGUGGUUGAUGCUUGAGUGUCAUGCAUUAAUCAUUUUGAAGCACAACAUCACUAGUUUCAAUCCUCCAACGUUGCGAUUUUCAGUCUGUGUCAUUAAAUAUUGCAGUAUUGACGAUUAUUUUUCAUUGUUGUGCCUGAAAAUCUGCUUGCAGGUGGUACGCUGGAACUAUUCUGAGGACGAGAGGAAAGCUUUAUUAGAUAUUAUUAGUUACAUAAAAAGUAUUGGAUCAAUGAUUCAACGAUGUGACACAUUAAUAGCAGAUGCUUUGUGGGAAACUAUUCAUGUGGAGGUUCAAGAUUUUGUCCAAGAUAAAUUGGACAUAAUGCUGCAUACUACAUUUCGGAAGAAGAAAGAUCUUUCUAGGUGAAUUUAAAGAUCUCUUACGUUUCGCUAGAGAAAGGAAUAGUUAUCCUCAUCAUCUUUGAGUGAGCUUUUAUUUAAUUCCUUUUUGCAUUUUUAUGAAGACUUGUUCCAUUUGCUGCCGAGUAUUCAAAUAAUGUAUAUACAGCAGCUUCUUUUUUGGCGAUUACCUACUUGACCUCUUUACCUGAUGUUAGGUAAUUGAAGUUGUUUUAUUUAAGGGUGGAACAUUUUUCGCUGAAACCUCGUUUUUUGUUUGGUAAAACUUACCUGAAUUGCUGAUACAUGAUAUUUUCUGAAAUUUCUCUUUCUUCCUCACAAUUUGAACAGGAACAAACUUUGAGUGGAAAGCUUACCUUAAAAUCCUCUGGAGUACAUUUAGUUCAUAUAUUUAUUCUUUUUGUGCCAACAUUUACCUGACUUGAUCCAAGCUUUGUGUGGUAGUGGAACCUUCUCGUUUUCCCCAAUACUAAGAAAUUGCCGUUUAGAUAUGGCGUUUGAUUGAUUCAUUCUUUCCUUAUCUGACUACUUUCAGUGAAUUGUGUUUGGGUCCCACAACAGGUACCAAAACAAUGACAGAAUAAUGGUAUCGACAAAGGAAAAUAACCAAGAGAAACUGGAAUUAAACUCCAUUGAAACAGCUAAGAGAACAUAACAGAUAGGCGCCCCACUCUCCUACUGACUUCUUCAAAAAGUUCCCCCACAUUGGGGUCCUCAGGGGUCCUUAUAUCCUUACUCCCUAAGUUCGCUGUGGGCCCACUUGGCCUCAGUCCUCCCUUACAUUAUUCUUCCUUUUACGCUUGUAAGUAAUUCCAAAACGGGUUUGGGUCGUGGGUCCUUGCUCAGGCCCAUUAAGCGGCCCAAAUGGAGAACUAGGGAAAUACCUAAGAAAAUUUUCUGAAAAAUGGAUCAUUACUUCUCCAUUCACUGAAUUAUUUCUUAAAGAAUAUAGCUCAUCUGAGAUCGAUCAAUACUUCUCGAAUCAAGUUUUGUUCUUUGGCUUUCUAAACUCCUGAUUAAUAUUCUUCCUAGAAAGCUAGAUCUUUUUUCCCUUACGUAUGAUGCAAGGAAUAAUGACACUUUUUACCUUGAACAAAUGUCUCAUAUGUCAUCUGUAACUAUAGGAUUCUUUCUGACAUGCGCACAUUGUCCGCUGAUUGGAUGGCAAAUACAAACAAGCCAGAGGUGGAGUUGCUUUCGUUACCAAAUGAAACAGAAGAAACUAAAAGAAGCACCUUUUAUCCGAGGCCAGUUGCUCCUACUGCUGCCCAGGUUCAUGUGCAUAAGUUUUUGAUUUUAUGAUUCUGAAAUGCUAUUUUGAAAUGGACUUUGAUUGAUUCAGCCCGUGAUAUUUUGAAUUUUAAGUGUUUCUUUUUCCAUUCAGCAAAAAAAAAAUACCCUCAAAAUAUUUACCUGCCUUCUUUCAGACUCUGUCAUCAUUUCAUUAAUUUCACAAACAUAAACAUUGUCAGAGUUAAACAUUACUACAGAAAUGGAAUAUCUUGGAACCUAGAACCUACUAUUAUCACCUAAAUUCUGAAGUCUAGAGAGGAAUUCUUCAAGCUAUAGAUGUAUGAUUUAGUGGUAUUGAAAUUAUUUGGGUAGCUUUGAAGGGGCACUUUUUGGUGAGACACAUGGUGGGGGACUUUUUCUCUUUACUAAGCAUCAGUCACUUUUCUUGUCUGCAAUUGAUCCUUGUUGAUAGAAAGGAACGGAGAAGAUAAUGAGGGGGAACAGUAUGCCAAAAGACGUUCAUUCGGGUCCUCCCUAUCUAUUCAUAAAUAAUAAACUUUAAAAAUUUGAUUGGAUAAGAACAUCCCAAUAAUCAGCGGCACUAUGCAUAAAUUAUAAAAAAAAUAAAAUUGAAAAAACUAUAUAUAAAUGCGCUAUUAUUCUUAAUACUCCCCUUGAAGUUGAGCAUAGAUAUCCAUCAUUUUCAGCUUCUUAAAUGGUGUAGAAUUAGCCCUGUGAAAUCCUCUAGGCUAGAACAUCUGCUCGAUGAUCAUUUGAACGGAUUUAUGACAUUCACAAUUCCUCAUUAUCGACCUUUUUUUGAAUGAAAUUCUGAUCAGUCUUUUUAUGUGAUUUGUUAGGCCGUUUGAAAUGUACUGAACAUCCAUACUUUUGGACCCGGCUCUUGCCUAAUUCAUGCAUACUGUCUAGAUGCAUGCGGUGGGAGACAAUUUGCUCUUAUGUUUGGUGGAUGCUGGACUUUGUAUAAUUUGUGCUCAUGUUUCUAUGAAAGGUGUUGACAUUUACCCAAAAAAGACAAGGACAAUAUACAUUGGUCACUAAGUUGACGCUUGAAAUUCUAAAUGUGUAUAUAUUAAAUAUUGAAAGUCCUUACUGUUUAGUCAAAUGCAUGAUUAUAUUGAAAUAUUAAUGAAUGAGCGUUGGAGAUUCAAGAUAUAAUCUGUAAUCUUUAGAACAUUGCUCAACACAGGCCUAGAUUUGUGAAUUCUAUAAUAUUUUUCGUUUUUCGCAAAGGAACUUGUCGACUCUCUCCCUAAAUAUGGAAGUUUGAUUUGUCAUGACCUCAGCAAGGUUUUAUGUGAUAUAGAGUCGGUUUUAUGAGCUAUUUUAUUCAUUCUCUUGUCGACGACACAGGCUGGUUUCCUAGUUAAAGAUGAUGAGGACAUCAAGAAUGUUCCUUAUCCACUAGGAAUCAUUUUUUCCCAGUUCAAGUGCAAUCAUGUUAUAUUUUUGUAAACCUUAUGUACUCAUAUGAUGCUCUCUUCUGAAAGUUUUUUAUUUUGAUUUGUGACGUUCGUUCUGCAGAUUCAUUGCCUGCAAUUUCUAAUUUGUGAACUACUAUCUGGUGGUAACUUAAGAAAACCUGGAGGGCUUUUUGCAAGUAAUAGUUCGGGAAUUUCUGUUGAUGAUCUUAAGCAACUGGAGACAUUCUUUUACAAGCUCAGUUUCUUCCUGCAUAUUCUGGACUUCACAGGUCAUUAUCAAAUGGCUUAUUGGAUUUUAUGUAGUCAAUAUAUUAUCCAUAUAAAGGCCCAGGUGGUUUUUUAAUCUACUGAGCUGGUCGUUAUCGAAAGGCUUACCUAAUGCUCUUGAAUUUAAUCCAAGCCUAGGUUGUCCAUGUAUUAUCCAUAUAAAACCCUAGGUAGUUUCUUACAUACAAACUUGAAAAUGCCAAAAAAUGUUUGGAAAUUUUUUUACGCAAUAGAAAUUUUUGUUUUGGAUUCCGUAGUGUGGAGAAACUAGAGUCACUAUUGUUCUCAGUGUUUCAUUUAUGCAUACUAAUAAUCAAUUGUACAUUGGCUGAUAUAAAUACUUAAUUAUAACAUACAUUUAUCAACCAGCUCAAAUAUCCUUGAUCAUGAGACGUAUAAUUGUCACUACAGUUAAGAACCAUAAUUGCAACGGUAAUGAUUGAAAUUAACACAACAGAACCAAGUGGAUCAAAAAAUAUCCAACCUCUUAGAGAAAAUCACUAUUGGUGGUCCAAGACCAUAUAUAUUCAUAAAUAAAUCAUAGUUGUACUUAACUGUAAAUACUAGGGAAAACCCGCAUAGGAUGAAUGUUUUUUAUUGUGGUUGGAAUAAGUAGUAUCCAAAUCAACUGACAUAGGAAUGGGUUGUGGAAGGAAAGGCAUUAUUGAUAUGUAUGUUCCAUAAGAAUGCUAACUUGAAAACUGUUUAUUGAUUUACUUGUUUCUGAUUCAUCAACUCUCAUCUCUUUUGGAAGGAAUAAGAAUAAAAUACAUAAAUCAGGAAAAAAAAAGAAGGAAAACUCGAGUGUUUUAAUUCCUAUUCAACCUGACUUUCCCAUAUAACUUUUUAAUAGUUCACAAAGUUCCAAUUCAUUUAAUCGAAUGAUUUGACCAAAUAAGUAGAUUAAAAUUAUUAGACAGUUAUGGAAGUAUACUGAAAUCUGUUUUUAGAGGUUUUUUUCCUAAUUUUAUUGAUCUCUGAUUGCAGCAACUAUUGGUACAUUGACUGAUCUUAGUUUCCUUUGGUUUCGAGAAUUCUACUUGGAAAAUUCUCGUGUUAUCCAGGUAUUGGCAUUUCCUGCUUUUGUAUUUUUCUUGUUUCUAUUAGUCAAAAUGACUUCUUUUUAAUUCAACAUUUAAUAAUUUAUAAAUUUUUAGCUAACACCAGAUUCCAUGUAAUUUUUCUUUGACUUGUUUUUAUUGUUUUGUGCUUUGUGAUGGCCAUUUGUUUUAAGAGAUUAUCCCUCUCUCAUUCUGUGGAUAUCAUAAGUAUGAUAAUCAUUAUUCCCUGAGCUGAGGAUAACCUUGGUUUUUUUCUUUUGGAUGGAUGAGGGGUGGAGAGUAAAUGUUUUUCUUUUCCUGUUUUUCAUUGGAGAGAAGGGAAUAUGUUUAAAGGAUUCAAUCUUCAUAUUUCACAAUUUUCAAGUGAUUAAACUUUCAAUUUAUUGCCACCCUUCAUGAAGGUCUCAAUUCCUCUAUUUUCACUGAAGACAAAGAUGCUGAAUUUUUUUAUAGAUUUUUUAUGUAAAAAUUGGAUCAUCGGUUAAAUUUCUGAGAAGAAUACACACUUUCUGACGUCAUUCUCACUUUGAUUUUGGUUUUAAUAGGUGAUUUUUAACUCGGAUGAUGUAAAACAUUACUUGAAUAUCGUGUGAACCUGUCUUGAUGUUUUACAGCCCUGUCAAGUAAUUUGUAUUUUAACAUUUCAUGCUAGAAGAAUGAUGGUUUGGUGGCGCAGAACUCAGACAGUAUAUCCCCUCAUUGAUCCUUAACUUCAAUACUGAUUUUUUUAUAAGAAUCACCUUAGAGUUCAUGUCCUGCCCGUUCUAUGAUCAGUUUGUGGUCCUGUGCAUGGUAUUAUUUCUUUGAGUACCAUGUUCAUCCUAGUGGAACCGUUUCUCUUUUGUAGAUGAUUGACCAUGGAUCCUAAUCUUCUUGAAGAUCCAGAUUCAAAAUGAACAUAUCUCUAUUAUUCUUGGGUUAAUUUUGAGAUUUUAACAUGCUUUAAACUGAUCUUACACUCAAUGUUUGUUCUCCUAAAAGAUUUUAUUAUCAUUCUGUUGAGUAUAUUUUUGUGAUCACUUAUGCCUAAUGGUUUUUAAAUGGAUGACCAAAUAACUUUGACACAUUUGGUUAAUAUUUUUAACAUUUUUCUCUAGCGUCAUGUUUUAUCUUGAACACUACUCUCACUCGACUCCACUCAUUCCAAGUAAUUGUUAGAUCCUUUAGAAAAUUGAGAGAGAAACCUCUGUCAGGGAGGAAAGAGGGGAGAACGGUGGAAACCACUUCAAUUCCAUUCAACUAUUACACACCUUAAUAUAGGGAGAAACCCUCGACAAUUUUCCAAGAACACUCUCAACUUAUUACAUUAUUUUCCUACGACCAAAAACUUCUAACACUCCUCAAGAUGAACUUCUCCAAAGUUCAUCUUGACUAAGUUGUUCAUGAUCCGUUGUCGCAGCAACUCUCCCUUUGACGGUUGUCAAAGAUGACCACUGCUGAGGUCGUGGAUUUGCCGGCACCUUUGGCUCCUUUGAUAGUUGUUACGUCCCAGAACAGCUCCGUAGGAGAAUGAUACCUUCAGACACCAGACUAUCUAUGAUGUUGCCAACCUUUGCAGACUGUGGAAGAUCUUGAUAGCUGGACUAGGGAAGAUGUCGAACUAAGAUGGAUUGAGGCGGACUGAGGAGUAUGGAUGACGAUAUUAAAUUGAGAUAAUACCUGAAAGAUGAUUAGGUAGGGAUGACACCAGAAAGAGACGGCAGAGGUGGAAGGCCUCGCCGGAAAGAGACUCAGCAAAGGUGGAAGGCCUCACUGAGGUACUCAGCAGAGGUGGAAGGUCUCAUUGGGAGACUGCGCAGUAUGACUCCAAUAACAGCAUGCCGGCAUAUGGCGGCAACAUACAUUGGUGACGGCAGCAGAUAGGAGACGUCGGAUACUGCCAAACUCCAGUGGUGGUGGCGAUGGCGUUCUCUCAGACAAAAGACUCGGGGCAGAGCUGACGAAACCUUAGUGGAACACACCCCCUCUGAUACCACAUAGAAAAUUGAGAGAGAAACCUCUAUCACGAGGACAGAGGGGACAACGGCGGAAACUGUCUCAAUUCUAUUCAACUUUUACGCCCCUUAAUAUAUGGAGAAACCCUAGAUAAUUUUUCGGAAACACCACCAACUUAUGACAUUAUUUCCCUAUUACCUAGAGCUUCCAACAGAUCCAAUAAUUUUUAACAUAGCAUCAAAGGUGAUGGUUAGCUUGGAUGUACAGGUCAAUUGGUUAAAUUAUUUUUAUGUGCCACAUUGAACGGGAAUAACUUUGAAUUUUUUUAUUUCACUUAUGAAAUCUUAAAUACUUUAGUAUAUAUCUGAAUCUCUCAUGAAUUAUUUUUUUGGUUGGACUAGAUUUGCAAAUACUCCAUAUCCAUAUUUAUUGUGAGAUUAUUUUUCUCUUGUAUUUUGGAACUUCAGACAAAUGUUUAACUCACCAAUCGCCAUGCCCAGUUUCCAGUUGAAUGCUCUCUUCCUUGGAUGCUGGUGGAUCAUGUGAUCAUGUCCCAAGAUGCAUCUCUUGUUGAAAGUAUUCUAAUGCCGCUUGAUAUUUAUAAUGACUCUGCUCAACACGCGUUGACGAUCUUUAAGCAGCGUUUUCUUUAUGAUGAAAUUGAAGCUGAGGUGCGUAUUUCACGAUUGCUAUUUAUAUUUACUUGUCAUCAACUUAAUCCGGAUACGAGGAUGUUAGCAAACGUAAAUGCGUUUGGGCUGCGUUCAGAUCUCUUUUGUUCAUCCUUGUAGGGGAAAAAUGUUCCAUCUAAAAUGUUUGGAUUACUUGAGACUAGAUUUUGAUGAUCACAAUUUCAUCAGAUAAGGCUGUGUUGAUAUUUUUAGAGUAAAAAUGGUGAAUAGACGUAUACUAUAUUAGAAAUCUGGCUAACUAACUCACAUUUGUCUCUUAUGGAAACCUUAAGAAAAAACUCUGUGAGGGUUAGGGAACUAACUUUUUUGGUCCUUUAUUCCAAAUUUGUUAUUGAUUGCCUCGAAAUAUCUGAAAGUGUUUGUUCUUCCAACCUCCAAGCUGACCAAGAAAUUGGAUCCUCUUUUCUUUCUUGAAAAUUUUAGAGAAAAGUAUUAUUUUAGGGUAAUAUGACGUUUUAAAAUAUUAUUCUUGGCUCUUGGUAUCAUCUCAUUUGCAUAGAGCAGUUCAGUACUUGCUUGAAGAUUUCGUAUCUGGUUUGACCUCGAGAAUAGGGAUUACGUUGUGUAAAACUCAUUAGUUUCCUAAGUUAUCAUGUUAUCCCAGUCCCUCUUUCAACUAAGUGUCACUUAUGUAAAACGUGUGCAUAAUUUUAUUUCUCUGUUAAACUUAUUAGAAUGUAACGGUUGACAAAGUGAAUGGGAUAGAAUAGAGUACUACAAUCAUACACCAACCUGAGGUUUCAAGCUUUUCACCUAUUGAUGACAUCUAUUUAUUCUCGUCUGUUAGGAACACCUUCAAUAAGGUGUGUGCCAUAAGAUUAAUUUUGGAACACCUUAAGUAAGUCAUAAAUUUAUAGUAAAUCAUAAGAUAAGCUUUAUACGGAAUUUAAACAUAAUAUCAGGGAGGUUUGGGGGGUUGUUUCUAGGAUAUGAGGUACGUGUCUUUCUAACUGUUGUUAAGGAUUGUUACCUCGACAUCACACUUUGUUGUUGGUGGAAAACAAGCUUUGUUUACUUAAUGUCCAAUUUUUUUUAUUUCGAAGGGUGUGGUAUUGGCACAUCUCAACCAGAACGAUUUUGACGAAUCUUGCAGAUAACAAAUGAUCCUGCCAUAAUACUGCUAGGGUUUUUGUUCAUUGAGUGCAAUUUUUGAUGUUAUCCAAGAUCCAAAGUAAUAAAAUAUAAAUAAUUGAGGAGGAUGCAAUUUUAUUAAAGAAGGAACGAAGAUGGGGCGUCUAGAAUUUUAAAACGUUUGGAUCGGGUGUGCAGACAAUAGAAAGAAAGACAGAGGGAAGAGGGAGGGAAUGAAGGGGCGGCCAUGGGCUGGAAAACUGACAUACAGCUUUUUAAUUCCCAGACCAAAUAAUCACCAAGCUGGGGCUUUUUAAUUCUUUAGAAAAUUUGUAUCCUUAUAUUAUUAUGGACCUGUAGGAGGUCUUCAAUCAUAAAAGUACUUGCUUUAGAACUUUUUACGAAAUUAUGUUUGGAUUGCGUAGAUUUACUGCCUAUAGUGUUGGUAUUUUAUGAAAAUUUGAAAAAUCAAUUUUUUUGUACUGCUGACGUAUAAUGUUGGUUUCCUAGGCGGAUCUAUGUUUUGAUCAGCUUGUUUUUAAGAUGAGUGAGAACAUUUUUGCAAACUACAAAAGCUGGGCAGCAAGGUAAGUCCAUCUCUCUUCGCUUCGUCAAUAAAAAUCCGAACACAGCGGUUUGAUAGGGAAUUAAAACCUGUUUAAAGAAAUCAUGUUGGUGAUUUUUUUUCGUAUCAUCCUUAGCGCGUGAGUAAGAAAGUGAGAUUCAGGCUUAAGACAGAAAACUGUCGUGAUCUGGAUAAAACAUUAAGAAAUUAUUUCCUGAAUUUCUGAAGGAUAGAAAUUCAUCGUCUUUUCCAGGGCUACUUUUGACAACUCCUAUAUCUUUGACAUAUUUGCAGAAAUCUGCUUGAUCAAUCCUUUUUAUCUGCUGUUGAUAAUGGAGACAAUUUGUUUGUUCAACCAAUGCGAUUCACUGAAAUUUACAAGCUACGAAGAGUAAAGGUGAAUAUCGUUUAUAGACUAACGAUUCGUAUUUUUACAUGUGCAUAUCCGAUUAUAUAUAAUGCCUUUAUUUCCUUCUUAUCUUACUGAUACGCUGUAAUUGGAGCAUGCUUAGAGAAGGAUAGACACAUUAGGGAACUUUCAAUGUGAACAUAUACAUUUAUAGAGGUUUACAAAUUUUCACUGCGGUUAGUUGAAUGAGCUCUUUUAUUCUGGAGCCUCGUUAACUCUCUUUCAAUGUGGUUUGAUUAAGAAAAGAAGGUUGAAAUGAGUCUCUUCUGUGAAAUGGAUCACAACCAAGGGAAAAUAAUAUCCUGGGUUAUCGUAUGAAAUAGGAUCUAACAUGUAGGAACUCUAUUGUUAGAUUGGUAUGAUGAAGUAGACAUAAACCUUGAAGAGAUUUGAAUCACAUGUAAUCUUGCACGCGGUUAAUCAGCAUAUGCCAGACAGCUUAUGAAGAAUCGAAAGCCUUAACUGAUCUCAUGAUUUUGAUUCAGUUUUACUGUAUUGUCUACAGAUUGUUUUUAUGUUAUUUUUAGUGUUUUGGAUGUUGUUUAUGCAUGCAUCAUUUAGAUCAUGAAAUGAAUGAGGUUUUUUAUUGUGUCGGUGAUUAACAUUUUGAUUUGACCUAUCAAUUAGUACUUGUGAUAUGGGUUGACAGUUGGGGUUCAAAGUGUAAGAUGUCUUGUGAUCUUGUUAUUGACCCGUCUGUAAUAUUUUACGCAAGUUUAAGUUAUAAGGUAUAUUUUAUGAUGAAUAAUUUAUUCCGGAAAAGAGUGAAAUAUUUUUUUUCCUUUUUAAUGGGAAUCAGAAGUUUCAUCUCCAUAAUCUUAACUAAUGCCAAAGCCAGCAGAUGUGUUUUCUAAUAUGGGCAUUUGCUUCUUCUAAUGAAGAAUUAUUCUUCAAGAUAGCAACUAUCAUGAACUAAGCGUUCUGAGGGUUUAAUAUUUGUCGGUUGUUACAGCUUGUUAUGAUUACAAAAAUGUUGAAUCCUUAGAUGACAUGCUACAUGGCAAAUGUCAUAUUGCUGCUGCAAUACCGUUCAAAUUUCAACUUUGGACAUCGUCUUGUUUCUAUUUUUUCGAACCAUAACUUAAUACCCAACAAGCAUUUGUGGCAUAGGAAACAAUAUACAUAUUAAUAUAUCUCUUUGUUGCAUUCUUUUAUUAAUCUUACCAUUUCCAUCGAUUAUGUUUAUUAGAACUGUUAUUCAUUUAUUUAUCGUUUGCUAUGCCUUUAUAAUGUAGAAUAGGAAACCUUUUACUUAGUAGUCAUGGUAUAUGGGUGUCCAUCAAUAGUUCUCACCUUCUUCUGACAGGAAACUUGUGUCACUUGCAUACCCCUUCCUCUUAUGUCCUGUCAUUGGUGUCUGGCAAAGGGUGGUUCUUCGGGGAAAGUGAGAAUGUGUGGUUACCGACACAUAACUUGAAUAGUACAUGAUAUUAUGUUAGGCAUUAGAAGAUAUAUUUUUUAAUGAUUUUAGAUUUGUGGGUAUUUUGAGAAAUCCAGAAUUCUUUUAGUGUGCACUUUGAGAUUUUGUCACAGCAUAUAAGCUUUUUAAUGACAAAAAAUCAGAAAUUCUACUGAUAGUCAGAGCCUCGAGGUCAGAUCCUUUGUUGAUGAAUCAAACCUCCGUUGGCAAAAAAUCAGAAAUUCUACUGAUCGCUAUGGACUGGUUUGUUGUUACUGUCUCCAAGCAGGAAUCGGGAAGAUCUGAUUGGAAUCAUACAUCAUCAGAGAUUUUUAAUCAGAGAGGGGUUUGGGUUGGGAGCCCAAGCCAGUGCUGGACUUAUUAUUUUUGUAACCAGAUGAUUUCUGGCAUAAUGAACGCUUUCCAUUUCAAAUUUAUUGAUUCAGUUCAUGUAUCCUUAUCUUGACUGAAGAAAAGAUUUCUCUACGAUUUUCUUUCAGGUGGUACAGUUGAAUUAUGAUUAGAUUGAAGAGUUUUUCCAGAUCAUAUGCAAAUUCUGUGGGUAGCCAGCUAUGCUUUUAACGGUUUUCCUGUCAAAUAGAGAAAAAAUAAUUAUAUUCCAUUCACUUGGCCACCUUUUAUUUAAUGUACCGGGCGUUCACUUGUGCUAUCUUAUUCUGGGUUGAAAUUUGGAACCUUAUUUUCGUUACUUACUAUCAUGUUGUCUAAAUAAAAGUCAUUUUGUAAUUUCCCGAGUACUCUUUUCAUUUCUGUGGAUUGCUUUUCUGUCAGUGUUGAUAUUUUCUUUUCUGUGUAGUUACUAGGGAGAACCAUUGAUCUAAGAAGACUGAUCACCCAGCGCAUGAACAAAUUAUUCCGGGAGAAUAUUGAUAUUCUCUUUGAUCAUUUUGAGAACCAAGACCUCUGUGCCAUUGUGGUAAGAAAUUUUCCUGUAGAUCUUCUUCACUUUUGAGAACUAAGACCUAUUUGAAUAUAUGUUAAGAUCUUUUGAUUACUUUACAGGAGCUUCAACAGCUUUUGAGUAUCUUGGAACUCAGUCAUCGCUUACUCUCAAGAGAUCUUCAUUUGGAUUCAUUCACCCUCAUGUUAAAUGAGAUGCAAGAAAAUCUUUCCCUUGUCUCAUAUUCAAGUCGUUUGUCUUCUCAGGUUUGAGAGUUGCUAGUAGCUAUGUCGCUGUUGUUUGGUGCUUAGUUUUAAUUAGCGUCUCUUUUCAGAAUUGAGAUGCAUUUUGCAUAUGUUUAAUAUUAUGCGAAUGUUUGGUCUUCGUCUCAUAAUUGUUAACUAUCGUAUCUCAAUGUAAACUAAAAAGUUUGGAAUCUGUAAUACUUCUCAAAACUUUCCAUUAAAACACCAUCAGAUGGGAAAACCAAUGCUAGACUAUAGAUGAAUAUACUAUGUUAACAUAGAUACCCACAAAUUUUGUGUGGAUCAGAGUUAAGAGAUUCGGUACUCUGAAGAAUGGAAUUUGUUUUUGGGACUAGACAUUGGCUAAUCUCCUGCAUAAAGAAGAUUAAAUUAUAACGAGGAAUCUGUGGGAGGGCGAUUUUCUUUCAUUAUUAUUUCAUCAGUCACAUGACUAUCAACGAUAAAUUUUCAGAAUUAGAAGGAAUAUCUUAAAAUUAUAAUGAUGAUCAGGACUACGAGAAUUACAAGAAUUACUAGAAUACGCCAGAAAUAGCAAUGAGAAUUAUGACAUAGAUAUGCGAAAUAUGCUUUGAAAGAUUUAUAACGGAAUCCAUUGCUUUGAGUAUAGGCAUUGGGAACAAGUCUGCAAGUCCAGCCUCGUAAAUAUUAAUUUCAUUAUCAGAUUUACGUUUGAUAAUGUGGGAAAAGACGUGUAAUUAAGAGUUAGUUUCUAUUGGUCAGUUUCCUAGGUUGGUUCGGCUAUUGGUCAGUUUCGUAGUUUUGUUGAGUAUCCCACAAAUCGUGGGGUUUAGCCUAGGUAGUUUUCCUUCUUUUGGGGCUGGAGUAAUUGUAAAUAACCAGCAAUAUUUCUAUGAAUUGUCUUGACGAAUUUUUUUUCCGACUGUUUAUCCUUGUUUGGUUUGCGUCAGAUAAUGUACAUGGAAUUCAAUGCAUCCCAAAAUUUUCAUUUUAUGUGUUACUCACAUGCAAGGUAUUUUCUUCUUCAAUCUCACCCUAUCUAGUCUGUCUCGUUUUCUCCACUAGAAUCAUUAGUAGCAGCCAAAGGUAUGGAAAGAGAGCUACUAACAGAGUGAAAAUUCCUUGUAAAAAUGCCUCCCAUUUAAGAUAAAACGUUGUGACAACAUUGGAUGCUGCUGAUUUUCAAUGGUCUUUUCCAAAGAGACUUGUAAAGAUUAAAGGAUUCUUGAUACAACGUUCAUGUCAUAUUUCGAAGUAGUUUUACAUUCAUAUCAUUUUUAGGUAAGAGUGCGACCUGAAAAAGCCACUCCUAAUAGACCUCAAAUCGAAUAUGGAAGCUUUGAAACCUAAAGCAUGGAUAAAGAGGAGACAGUCAGAGACUUUAAGAGUGAAGGAAAAUUAUGGACGAUUAGGAUAUAAGAGAGCAUAUAGGACCUGAUUUUCCAAUUGCCAUCGAUCACAUUCCGUCAAUAUUGUAUGUUGCUGUAAGUAUCGCUUCUCUCUACAGCUUUGUGGGUGGAUGAUGCUGCUAUGUUUUGAUGGGGUGUUUUUUUUUCUUACUGAUACUAUUUGACAAAGGUGUGCAUAAAAGAGGGAACUAAUGAGUGCUAUCUUCAUCUUGCAUAAAAGUAUUCAUACUUUUUCCAAAGUGCUUGAUCGUUUUUUCUAAUCUAAAUACUUUCAUCUUUAUGAUGAAAACUGUGGAAUGCUUCAGCAAUUUAAGGGAUGUCCUCUCCAGAGUUCAUUAAAUGCACCCAAUCAGGAUAAUCAAGGUUAUCAAUUAUGGUCAGUAAUUAGUUUAACUUUGAUUCCUCACCUCUGACCAAAUACUUAAAAAAAGAAAAGAAAAAGGAAACCUGCUUUUCUCCUUGAAUCAGCUAUUUUACAUUCAAUAUCUUAGUUAAAUGAAAGGCAUCAUAUCAUCUAUUUUUGAAGUGGAGUAGGCUUGUUUAGCUCUCUUUUGGAAAGUAUGAGCACUGGAACAAAACUCUGUCAGGAAAAUUUUCAUGUCCCUGAUAUUUUCACUACUGUCUUAUUAGUCUUUUGUUGCUUAUCAUUUUCUCUUUCUUUGGACAUAACAGAUCUGGACAGAGAUGCAUAAUGACUUUUUGCCCAACUUUAUCCUUUGUAAUACCACUCAGCGUUUUGUUCGGUCCUCAAGAGGAACCUCCCAUUCUAAUCAAAAAUCGGAUGCUCCUUUUGUGAAGUCAUAUUUCUAUUGUGGGUCUGAGGUAAGAACCGCUAUCAUAAUUAUUUCUUCUCUAUACAUAAUUAUCGUUUAAUCUUGAAAUUAAUGAAAUUUUGGUUGGUGCUCUGUUCGCCAAAUGGAAUUAUCGUUAUGUAAGAGAAUUUGUUUCAGUUAAGACUGACAAUCAAAUGAACAUGAUUACACAGACUUAAUUGAUUGGUAAGUUUCAACCGAACACUGAAAAACCCAAGCCAAGUGUUAUAACUGACCACAUCUAGUUCUAGUUUUAGGCAAAUUUACUGAUUCUAUGCUUUCUUUUAGUCUUGCACCUGUAUCUGUGAUGUUUUGCCAACCAAAAUUUGAAACUACUGACUCUGCAACGCCAGAUUUAGAUGUAUUUUUAAGUGUUAGUUUUGAAAAGCAUUUUGGUGCAACUUUUCUGUGAUCGUGAUAGGUAAAUUGAGUUCUUAGAGACAGCAGCAUAGAUGCGCAUCCUCUCAGAAUAUGAUGGGUAUAAUCGUCAAACGGGACCAUAAGUGACUUGUUUAUCGCUCAGACCAAUAAAAUUGACUGUUGAUUAAAAUUUACAGCCCACAAUCACGUAUUAGCAGUGCUACUUUCCACAUCUUAACUACCUCUUAUUUCGUUAUCAUAAUUAUCAAACUAUGCUAAAUUGCUGAAGUCGCUACGUAAAACUAUGCACAUCCACUUAAAAUUUGAACUUAUUUGAUUCAGAUAUCAGAAGCUUCAUCUGAAAAUAAUGAUUUCAAAAUGAAAGAUCCUUGCAUAUGGAAGAUGAUUCCUUGUUACUUUUUCCUCAGUUCUUACCAGUACUUCCCUAAAAAAAAUUUCUUUAAGCCAUCCAUGAUAUCAGAGUGGCUGGUGACAUACUCGAGUGAAGAAAUGGAUUGGGAUGUGUUUCCUACUAAUCAUUCUCAAUGUGUUCUUAUUUGUGAAAAUUAUCCUCUGGUUAUACUGCUCGAACAAUUUAAUUUAUUGGUUCGAGUUUUAGAAUCCAUUGUAUUACUAUCCUAUAUGUGCAUCUACGUGAGAUAUUAUCCAUGGCAUUUUUGUGCAUUUUAUUUAGGCUGGGAGUUUUUCAUAUUAACUUAUUAUUUCUAUUUUUUUCUAGUUCAAGAAAGAAAUUCAAACUAGGAUUUGAAUUCUUUUCGAUUUUCAUUCAGUUAAUUUGAUGUUGUCAUUUCAUUGAAGGAAUUGAAUAAGGCACACAGAAGCCUUUCAGGAUUGUAUAGUGAAUUCUUUGGAAUUCCUCAUAUGUCUGCAAUUGUCAAGCUCUUGGGUCCCAGGUCAUUGCCAUGGCUUAUUCGAGCAUUGCUGGAUCACAUUUCAAAUAAGGUGACUUGGAAAUCACUGUUUACCCUGUGUUCCUCUGUGAAAUAAAUUCUGAGGUCUGAAGCUAUGUAAACAUAACCUAUCAAGAGCAAAAUGAUAUUUUUCUUUUAGUUUUCGAUGUGCUAUAUAUUUUAGAUGAUGGUUAUUGAGCUCUUAAGGAAAGUUUACAUGGAUUUUCUCUUUGAAAUAUUUCCAACUCUCCCCCAUUGUGUCAGUCUAUCAUUUUUCGUUCAUUAACACGAAUCACUUAUUUAUAUAAUAUUAUUCCUUGACCUAAUACUAGGUUCAAAUUUAUUUGUACACGUCAAAUUUUAUGCUCCUGCUUUUGCCAGUUAUCUUAUCCACUUCUGAGUGUUCCUGUGACUUUCAGGGGAAUCUCUUCCCCAGAAAGAUCAAUUACCGCCGUCUUAAAGUCUGGAUGGACAGACGAAAUUUCUAAUUAGAUGUUCAUGUAUAAAAGCUCCUUAACUGCCAUGGUGCACUUACAAUUUCAGAUAACAGCAAUUGUACCAAAGGUCAAUGGCUUACAGGAAGCACUACCCAAAUCAAUUGGGCUACUUCCAUUUGAUGGUGGAAUCUCAGGUAUGCUGGUUCCUAAAGACAAUCAAAACUCUAGUACAAGUUAUCAGCUAGUACUUUUUCCAGUACUAGCAGUGCACUGAUUCUGCUGGAAUUUGAUCAACAUAACUAAGUUACGCAUUUUUUAGAUGAAUGUGCCUUUUUCCGGUAGCUACAUGUGCUUCCUAUCUUUUAUUUGACGAAUAUUUACAUUUUGAGCCUCGUCCUUGAAGAUAUUUUUGGAAAAAUCACAGUGAUCUUCGAAAUCCCGCAGUGAGCAUUAAUGGUCCCUCCUAGUGAUGUUCCCAUCUUCUACAGCAUUGUGCUCCUGGAGCAUCUGUAUUAGUGAACAGAGAAAAAUUAAGAAAAAUAUUCAUAAGAGGUGAGAAUAUUGCGUGGAGUGUUGGUCUACUGAUAAAAUGAGAAUGGUUGACAUUAUCAGUGAGCAUAUGAGAACCUAGACCUAAAAGAUGCAUUGCUGUAUGCUAAUAUCUUAGUUAGUCAGUUAUAAUAUGGGUCUAGUAAGUCCGUGUUACUUGUCUUACGAUUUCCUGCCCCCUCCUCUCCCUAUACAUAAUUUGGCGACUAAGAGGGAAUAUCCCUUUAUUUUACAUGGUAUCAAAGCUUAAGGUUAGGAUGUUCUAUGAUUUUUCAUGGAGUCGUCAUCUUGUGCUUUCUUUUAUUGCGACCCAUUAGAUCUUCUUAUGGUACGUCUACUGCCUUAUAUGAAGAAGUAUUCUAUUCCAGCGUCAACUCAAGUGUCUCAUACUUAGCCGUCAACUCUAUCAUAUCAUUCGGAUUGAAAUAUUGCAUUUCCUGUUCAAGUACCUGCGACUCUGAGUCUGAUUCCGACCCCCACCACCCAGCUCCAGCUCUUGCAUCUAUUCAUAGCUUGAACUCUGGUAUCCUCUGCUUUGGUGUCUAGUAUGAUGCAUUCUGCCAUGGCUUCCAUUUGAUGUCUUCUAUUUGACAUCUUUUAGCGUAGCUUUCAGUUCCGGCACAUUUCUUUUUAUAUCUUUUAGUUGAUCAAUAGAGGUAGUUUCUGUAUGUAAUAAGCUAGAGAAAAAUUGAUAAUCUCUAUGUCAGCUUGUGGGCGAGGGUUGGUGAAUUUGUUAAAAUAUAGACUUGAUAAGUUGACGUGUGUUAUGUUAGUGAAUCGAUUUAGCAAAGCCACAUUUUGUCUAAUGACAUUUUGAUAAUUCUUCAUAUCAAUUGGUGAGAAAAUAAGCCACGAAUUUUACUGGAAAUAGUCUUAUAUGUGACAAACAUAUCAAACUCAAUGUAUACAGUCAUCUGUAAUCAUCUCUCUGCAUUUUUUUUUCUAGUUAUUACAUGAGACUAUUUUUUUUUGUUGGGGGAAGGGGGGGGAGGAUGGAGGGAUCUACGAAGAACAAUAAUUGAAAGAAUCAGCUUCACAUAAGUACAUUUGGACGAAUCUUUUGUAAGUGGACUCGGAGAGGACAGUGGUACUGACCUUAGGAAAUAUUCGUGACCUUCUUAUCUCAUGACACAAGUAUAAUGGAUGCAUCACAGGCCUGGGUUUUGUCUCAGGUCGAAAAAAACUUUUGCCUUCAAAGCCAUUUAAUAAUACUGGGAAAUGAAACUGACGUCAGUAGAAAGAACCAUGAAGAAAAUUGUGCACACACCUUAUGAGAUAUUCAUUACCUUCUUGACAUGUCAUUGUCUUUAUUUGACCUCAAUAGGUCGAAAAUAUGAAAGCCCUUAGAUGUUGAAUGUUCUUGCCACCAACGAUUUUUUUCAAUGUUGAAUGCAUGAUGAGAGAUUUUGAAUCUCUUUUUUGGAAGUUUAUUUUUCUGAGCUCUCAGCUGUGUCUAUAUAAGGAGAUUCGGGUUUCAAAAUCAAAAUUUUGAUCUCUCUUUUGCCAUAGUGAAUAGUAAUUGCAUCCUUUUGAUGAAGAAAUAUCCUUGACAAACUCCAUUUAAAUGAUGCUCUUAAAAUAAAAUUGUUGAAUAAACAUGUCCACAAACCCUAAAUUGGGAUGUGCUUGGUUGAGAGAAAUGUUUCUCAUAUUUCUGAAGCCAGGUUCAAUUUUAUUUACUAUUGGGCCGGACGUCAUGUACACAUGUAGACCGAAGUAAUGGACGCAAAUCAGACAGAAGAAACUCUUCUCAACAGAAACGACACAAGGAAUAUUAACGACGCUUUAAUCAUACUUUGUGCGUUGGAAUUUUUUUGGCAACUUGUAAGCAAUGGCAUGCUUCAAUUUUACGUAUUUGUGAUCUUUUGUACAUCUUCUUUGGGACUUCCUUUUAUCCACAGAACAGAUGGCAUAGGUUUAUGACAGGCUAUCUUGAAAUCUAGUCACACUUACGAUAGUCUUGCGUUUAUGAAGACAUUCUUUGGGAUAUGCUUGUACAUCUACAACAUAUAUUAGAGCUUGUCAGUAGAUGCACGGUUCCAAAAUCUUUUUUUCAUUUAGUUUAAUAUUUUGAGAUUAGUUUUCCUUAUUUUAAGUCAAUGGGGUCUCGUGUUACUUAUCUACCUGGAUUCUACACUAUUUAGCAUAGAGGAUGAACAACGAUGUACAUGAUUAUUGAUGAUAUGAUGUUGAUAUUUUCACCUCUACCCUAACUAAUCACAUAAACCGUACAUAACUCAUGACCUUUUGACUUGCCAGAGUAUAGAGUGAGAAACAGGUCGAUUAGUAUGAAUUUACCUUGUGUAAAAUAUAUUUCCUGUUUAACUCGGGUAAAACAAGAACUGCUGCUGUUUUCUACAUCCUUUUGAUAAAUUAUUUUGAAUUAUUUCCAUCUUAAUUUUCUACUUGACUUGUGUGGAGUUUAUUAUCCUUGUAGCAACAUAAAAGCAUGUUGCAUGAUAUACUUCAUUUUUUUUAUAGGAUGUCAAAAAAUUAUUCAUGACCAAUUGGCGUGGGGUCCAAAGUCUGAACUCAAAAUGGAUGUCCUUCAUGGAUUGAAAGAAAUAGGAAGCGUUUUAUACUGGAUGGGCCUUCUUGACAUUGUAUUGGUGAGAAGUUUGAUACAGUAAUUAUAAGGUUUCUUUUACGAAGUUACAAUGCAGCUUAGGACCAUUUUCGUUUUCUCAUUUCGUCUUUAUGGUGACUGACCAUUUUCGGUUGAUCAACUGGUGGACUCUAAUAUUUGUCAAACUUUUAUGAAGAUCUUAUCCCUCAAACUAUAUCCAGGGCCGUGAAAAUAUACUGUAUUAAUAAGAUUUUCAAGCGAAGUUUAUGGCUGAAAAGCCUUAUGAGUUGGCACAAAGUUAUCUUAUCAGCAGCUGUUUACAUUCGUACAGCAUGAUACAUCUCUUACAGUUUCUCAUAGCCCUGGAAGGAGAUUAAUUUUAAUCCAAUUUUAAUUUUCAAGUUUAUUUUUGUUGACGAAAUGUGCCUCAUAUUCAAUAUUUAUCCAACUUUCGCUUUGAUUAGAGUUUAGGAUGUUCAAUUUGCUUCUCAUUUUUUCUUUGAGAUUCUUUUUUCUUUCUAGUGCUCUCCUAUUCAUUUAGAAUCUCAUUCAAAUAUUUAUAUCCAGCUUGGAAGCGUUUAAUGUAACGAACACCAUUUAAACUAUUAAAAAAAAUGUAGUUUAUUUUCUUGGAAAGAUUUAGUGUUAUUUUAGUUUGAGGAGCUCCCAAUUUAGUUCGAAUAAUUGGUGUAGAAUGCUUCAAGGUACAGAUUCUUGACUUGAAAUAAUUUAUGAGGGAUUUAAAUUAUUUUUAUAAUUUAAGUUCCGUGAAUUGGUAAUGGAAAGGCGCCCUCACCCCUUUUUGGCUGACUUGUAAGGAUAUGAGCCGAUGGUUAACUUAGCCACUUAAAUUUGCCACAACUAAACUAUAGUGAUUCGACCCUAAUAUCGUCGGACCGAGUUAUACAACCCCUGCGUGUAUUGUGAAUUGGUAACUUAAUCAACCAUAUGGCAUCAGUCGAUUCAAGUAUGACUAAUUCAUAAAAACAUGGUUUCGUUUUAUCAGUCAAAGGAAUUGAAUUUUCUCUACUGUACAGGGUUCAUGUUUCCAUCUACUGUACAGGGUUCUGGUUUCUACUUGAAUUAUUUCCAUCUUAAUUCAUAAAAACAUGGUUUCGUUUUAUCAGUCUCCUAAUAUUUUGAAGGGCGCCACUAAUAUUUCUUUUAAUUUACGGCAUGAAAAGUGCAUUGGUGUAAAUUUUCGGAGCACAUGCAUACCCCAACGUUUAUAUUUCCUCUUACCGGCAGAACUUUCCUGAAUCUCUCAAAACAAUCCUAUCAUCCGAACCUGGAAAAGUUAUUUUGUGAAUUUUAGGUUAUUCAUCAUUCUUGGGUGGCUAUUGGUGGCGCCCUUUCAAAAUAUUAGGAGACUCAGGCUGAAACUAAUGGCUCUGAUGAUUUUGAUGAUGCAGAGAGAAGCUGACACAGUACAAUUCAUGCAAACAGCUCCAUGGCUGGGGCUAAUUCCCGGAAGUGAUGAGCAAAUAAAGCAGGCUCAAGAUGCUAGAGAUAGUCCUCUCAUUCAUUUAUUCAAAACUGCAACAUCGGCAAUCAAAGAGAGCGAAAAAAACACAGAUGCAUCAUAUUUCGUGACCAUGUCGAAACAGGCAGAAGCUGCUGGUAAGUAGGCCACCAUAUGCUGAUGAUAGGAGUGCAAUAUGGCUGUUCAUUUGCCAUAUCCUGAACCCAGCAAUCAGUAAUCGUCCAUCAAUGUGGAUGUCCAGAGAACAAGGAAAAAGAAACCAGUGCUUAAAGUUAUUAACAGUCCAUACAAUAAUCCUAUUGCAAUGGCUCCAUUUUUUUUAUUUUUUUAUAAAUCAAGUUAUACGUCUAAAAAGUAUGCACAAGCGUUUUUAUCCAUUUUUUGUUUCAUAAGAUAAGUGGAUAGUCAUAAACAUGUCCAACGAUGUCUAGUUGCAGAAUGAUUUGGAUACUGUGAAAGUUUCUAAAAUGAUCGUUUGGUGGAAAACUGCUUGUUAGAAGUUAUGCAGCCGAGUUAAUCAGUGUUCUGUAAAUAUCAACUUAGUGUCUUCCUUGGAAUCUUGUAAUGCUCUAAUACUUGCAUCCUUCCAUUCAAUGUGACCACCUACGGUGGAUGUGAUAUUUCUUUCCCAUCUGUAAGUUCAAAAAUUUUGUAUCAAUGCCAUAUUUAUUCCCGUGAAUGUGUUCAUCAUGUAGUCAAGGAUGUUGAGUGUUCCACUCAAGGAACGAUAGUUAAUAAGGAGAGAGAGUAUGUAUGGGGAUGAGCAUUUUUACGUUGCAUCUUGUCUAGUUGUCCAUUAGUAUACCUGGAUGAAAAACGUUUUCUUUAAACUUUAUAGUCUGAUAUUUCUUAUAGUCUCAUGAUUGGUGGUGAAGGAGUGCUAAUCCUAUUGUGAUCCUGGGGGCAAACGAGGGGCCCAACAUUGUUCAGAAGCGGUUCUUACAUCUGGCCUUGUCUUACCGACUAUUUUAGGUGUCCAUGCACCCAACAAACUUCAAACUGCUUGUUCUCAGCGGUUUCUUCUCCAUGGUGGAUUUAUAAAUGGACGUCCGAUUAAUUUUUUCAUGCUUUAUCAUAUACUCAAUAUAUUGCUCGCUAAAUUACUAAGUGCUUACUCCAAGGCCUCAUCCCAUACAUUGAAGGUGCAUUUAUGGUUUAGGAAUCCAAGGAAUGCAGCAUUGGAGGGAAACAUCAUACCUGAACUUUCAUCUUUUUAUGGAGUUGAGCAUUUGUGUUCAUUCAUGUUCUACUGAGCAUACACCAAAAUGCAUUUGCAUGUGAUUGAGGUUCCAUUCAAAAUUUACGAUUUUGAAUUCAUAUCGUCUAACGUUUCACUGCUGCUGGUUAUCUGGCUGGUCCAAUUCCAUAUUAUCUGUGCCAGAAACGAAGAACAUAUCAAGAGCGGAAUAUUAAAAUGGGUAACAUGAUAGGAUCAACACCGUCUGGAGAUGUGUUUCCAGUUUUCACUGCACAAUAUCUUACAUCAUGGAUGUCGCAAAACUUCAUGACCCACCUGGUGAUUAAUGUGAUGAUCAAGAACCAUUAACAAAGCCUCAUUUUAGUCAUUGUUUCUGGUGGAAUUGUUAUAUAAUGAACUAAAGCGUCCUGUCUUGAAAUUAGCUGGUUUUUUUUUCUAUUUGAACCGGAUUAUCCUCAUUCACAAUUAUUCAUUUAUCGUGUCUUUGAUUUACAUGUAGCUAAGCUGAUUUGAAUUCUUGAUGCAGAUCUUCUGUACCGGAAUAGCAUGAAUUCGGGGAAUGUUUUGGAAUAUUCCCUUGCUUUUACCAGUGCGGCAUUGGAUAAACACUACAACAAAUUGAGUGCAAAUCCAAAGACAGGGUUCAUGGACAUCACAACAUCAAAAGAUUUUUAUCGCAUAUUUAGUGGGCUUCAGUUUGUAAGUAGAAUUACAUUUGAAUUUCCCAUCCUGCCAAUCAAAUGAUUCGUAAGUCCCUGUUAAGAAGUAGGUUUGUGACUGAUAAAAUAUGGCCUACUGAAGAGAAAAUAUCAGAGUAUGAGGCAAGAGAUCCUUUACUAUGCCCGCCUUCAGUUAUCAUUCUGCAGUGCAUGCUGAUAUCAAUCAAUACAAUAACUGAUUCAUGUGCUUUCUGACAUUCAAGAUAUUUCUGCAUAGUAAAAGCAUUAAGAAAUAAUCAAGAUAAAUGGGAAACAGAUCAAACUUAGAUCUCAUUCGGUCUGGUGCUUCCUCCGUCAAAAACAUAAAUGGGAAAAAUUCCCAAUAGGUCCAUAUCACGUCCUAUGGUUUUCUUGGACCCUUGUUUACAGACAAAUAGAACAGAAGGCGAUUCCUGAAAUCAAUGUAUCAUAAAGCUUAUCUCACAAUUACAUAUUCGAAGCUCUAAGAAAAUGUGUCCACCGAAUUAAAAAUGCGUUUAAUGUUGCCCCCGCUUGAUAAUUCCUGAGUAUUUUGGAGGUGAUAAACACAGUUAGUAUGGAACCUCUAUUCGAGAUGUUAUGUUUCCCAUUAUAUACAGCUACCCGAAGGUGAAAUAAACAUCCGACGCCUCGUAUAUCACUAGAUGAAACCUCUACUCUGCCCUGUCAAGUCUGUGAGGUGCUGGCAGUUUCAGAAACUUUAAGCAGAUGGGUCCCGUGGUUGACUUCCUGGUGUCGACUAAUCUUUUUGCUCGUGCGGAAUUUCAUCUUACUCCUCCUAAAAAUAUUUCCUUGGGGGAUAUGUCCAGGAGCAUCUCGAGAAGACCAUUCAAGAUUCUUCAAGACGCCAUGAAACCUUGGGGGAUUCAGUGGCCUGGGGUGGCUGCUGUAUCAUGUACUUGCUUGGUCAGCAGCUGCACUUUGAGCUUUUCGACUUCUCCUACCAGUUUCUCAAUGUGGCUGAAGUGGAGAGUGUCACGAUCUCGCAACAAACACCUUCUGAAAGGAGCAAGAUUCCGAAUUCUAUCCAGGUAGAAAUCGCUUUGAAGCCUUAAGAUCGUACAAGCUUUUAUGGGUUUAUGUUCUUUCUUUUCAAUCAAUGAGGUGCAGCAACUUCAGGAAGUCUUUUCUUAUGGAAUAUAUAUAUAUAUAUAUAUAUAUAUAUAGAUAUCUAGAGAGAGAGAGAGAGAGAGUAUGAGUAUGCAUAUAUUCCCUGUCUGUGGUUCAUCAAGCAUCCCCAUCCAUGGCUUUGACAAAUUUGGUGCUUUUCUUCCGUGUAACAAGGCACAUGAACACCUGCUGGAGGCCAUGAGGAAAGCACGCAGGUUGAACAACCACGUGUUCUCCAUGCUCAGAGCACGCUGCCCACUCGAGGACAAGAUCGCAUGCGCCAUCAAGCAAAGCGGCGCCCCUCUUCACCGGGUCAAGUUCGCGAACACCAUCUCUGCCUUCGAAACUCUCCCCCUGAAGGAAGUGUGA